AUGAAUUAUCUGACGUUGAAGCCAAACACAGCAGCUUGUCAUCCACAGUUGCUCGUCCCACAAAUCAGGAAAUGUAAAAGCAUUCGAGAAUUGAAGCAAGUCCAUGCCUUUUUGAUCAAAACAGCCCAAACCCAUGACAUCACUGUAUCAACAGAGCUCCUCAAGCUCUCUGCCACUUCUGAUAUUCGUGACACCGAGUAUGCCCUCUCGUUGUUCGACCAAAUGCCGGAACCAAAUUGCUUUGCGUGGAACACUGUGAUAAGGGCACUUGCUGAAACCCAUGAUAGGCCCUUCGAUGCCUUGUUGCUUUUCUGUCAAAUGGUGUCUGAUGGAAUGGUGGAACCUAAUAGGUUUACCUUCCCUUCCGUGUUGAAGGCUUGCUCAGUUGUGGCCAGGUUGGAAGAAGGGAAGCAAGUUCAUGGUUUGGUUCUUAAGUUUGGAUUGGUUGAUGAUGAGUUUGUUAGUAGCAAUCUGCUGAGGAUGUAUGUUAUGUGUGGGAGUAUGGAGGAUGCUCAUGUUUUGUUUCAUAGGAAUGUUGAUGAGGUUAAUGUGGUGCUAUGCAACGUGAUGGUUGAUGGGUAUGUAAGACUCGGGAACCUUAAAGCAGCUAGGGAAUUGUUUGACAGGAUGCAUCAAAGAAGUGUAGUUUCUUGGAAUGUGGUCAUUUCUGGAUAUGCUCAAAAUGGCUUUUUUACUGAGGCCAUACAAAUGUUUCAUAAGAUGCAGAUGGAAGAAGAAGAUGUGUCGCCGAACCGGGUGACUCUUAUCAGCGUGCUGCCUGCAAUUUCACGUCUUGGAGCACUUGAGUUGGGGAAAUGGGUGCAUUUGUACGCAGAGAAGAAUAAGAUUCAGAUUGAUGACGUGCUUGGCUCUGCUCUAGUUGAUAUGUAUGCCAAGUGUGGGCGCAUUGAGAAGGCAAUUCAGGUCUUUGAGGGAUUGCCUAAAAAUAGUGUUAUAACUUGGAAUGCUAUAAUUGGUGGUCUUGCUAUGCAUGGUAAAGCCAACGAUUUGUUUAAUUAUUUUUCAAGGAUGGAAAGAAGGGGAGUAUCCCCUAGUGAUGUCACAUACAUAGCUAUCUUGAGUGCUUGUAGCCAUGCAGGUUUAGUGGACAAAGGAAGGUAUUUUUUUAAUCACAUGGUUAAUGUGGUUGGAUUAGAGCCUAGGAUAGAACACUAUGGGUGCAUGGUUGACCUCCUGGGUCGUGCUGGCAAUCUAGAAGAAACUGAAGAGCUUAUAUUGAACAUGCCAAUAAGAUCAGAUGAUGUCAUAUGGAAAGCCUUGCUUGGUGCUUGUAAGAUGCAUAAAAAUAUUGAAAUUGGUAGGCGGGCAGCAGAGGUUUUAAUGCAAUUGGCUCCUCAUGAUAGUGGAGCAUAUGUGGCUCUCUCAAAUAUGUAUGCUUCAUUAGGAGAUUGGAAUGCAGUUGCAGAGGUGAGGUUGAUGAUGAGAGACUUGGACAUAAGGAAAGAUCCUGGAUGUAGUUGGAUUGAAAUAGGUGGUGCUAUUCAUGAGUUUCUUGUUGAAGAUGAUUCCCAUCCUAGAGCAAAAGAAAUACACUCAAUGUUGGAGGAAAUUUCCAACAAGUUGAGCUUGGAAGGUCAUGCGCCAGACACCACACAAGUAUUGCUUAAGAUGGAUGAGAAACAUAAAGAAAGUGUGCUGCACUACCACAGUGAGAAGAUUGCAGUUGCUUUUGGCUUACUUAGUACAUCACCAAAGACACCACUUCAGAUCGUAAAAAAUUUGCGAAUUUGUGAAGAUUGUCAUUCCUCAAUGAAAUUAAUCUCAAAAAUUUAUGAGCGUAAGAUAACUAUUCGAGAUAGGAAGCGCUUUCACCAUUUUGAAUAUGGUUUAUGCUCUUGUAUGGACUACUGGUAG